AAUCAAAACAAAAACAUUUGAUCAAGAAUCACAAUUUGGUCAGAUUUGUCGAUUUUCUGUCAACCAGUAUCAAAUAUGUUCAACGUUGUUGGAGAUGCGGAUGAUAGCAAGUCCCUGUCGUUUGGAUUAGGGGAUAGCCCAAGGACCAGGAGACGGAAGUUAAAGGAGUAUGAUGGCUCUGCGGCGGCUGACUAUAAUUACUCCGUCAUGGCGGCAAACCGGAACAAACCACGUACUCCGGACACCCCAACCGGUGAAUCGAUAAUAUCAAAGGUUAGCACUGGAACUGGUGAAUCGAUUCGAAAAUCAAGUUUUCAGGACCAAGGGGGCAGGAAUGGAGUUGAUUCGGGAUGCGUGACACCUUCCUCUGGAGCCGGUGAUGUACCUGCUUUGUCCCCUACUGCUGAAGCUGCGUCUCUGCAAGAAAAGCUUGCUGUGAUGAACGAGGGUCAAAUGGAAAGUAUGGAAGCUACGACAGAGGAGGCAACCCCUUAUUGUCAAGACGACUACCAUACUGUGAGUGCCCAGUCGCGUAUUUUCAUCAAAGGUGGCCGCGUCAUCAACGAUGACCAGGCAUUUGACGCAGAUGUCUACAUUGAAGAUGGAGUCAUUAAACAAGUCGGACAGAACUUUGUUAUUCCCGGUGGUGCUAAGGUCAUUGAGGCGAAGGGUAAACUGGUCAUGCCUGGCGGUAUCGACACACAUACCCACCUGCAGCUUCCGUUCAUGGGAACAAUUUCAGUCGAUGACUUCUACAGUGGAACGCGGGCGGCCCUCGCUGGUGGAACCACAAUGAUCAUUGACUUUGUGAUACCUAACAAAGGUGAAUCGCUGUUGAAGGCCUAUGACCGAUGGAAGGAAUGGGCCGAUGAGAAAGUCUGCUGUGAUUAUGGCUUCCACGUUGCCGUCACCUGGUGGUCGGAUGAAGUCGCAAAGGAGAUGGAGACGCUUUGUAAAGAAAAAGGUGUAAAUUCAUUCAAAUGUUUCAUGGCAUAUAAGGAUACGUUGAUGUUGAGAGACGGCGAACUGUAUGAAGUGUUUAAGAAAUGUAAAGAGCUAGGAGCAAUCGCACAGGUUCACGCAGAGAAUGGAGACCUCAUUGAUGCAAAAGCUAGUGAGAUAUACAACAGUGGUGUGACAGGCCCUGAAGGUCAUGAAAUGAGUCGGCCAGAAGAGAAUGAAGCCGAAGCGACUAACCGAGCUAUCACGCUUGCCAACCAGGCUAACUGCCCUCUAUAUGUGGUGCACGUGAUGAGCAAAAGCGCUGCCGAUAUGGUCAGUAAGGCGAGGAAAGAAGGAAAAUUAGUUUUUGGUGAACCAAUCGCCGCCAGUUUGGCUACAGACGGGACCCAUUAUUAUAAUAAAUGUUGGCGGCAUGCGGCCGGACAUGUCCUGUCACCUCCACUCCGCCCUGACACGUCAACACCUGAAUAUUUGAUGAAUUUACUCGCUAGUGGUGACCUUCAGUUAACAGGUACAGAUCAUUGCGUGUUCAAUGGCGACCAGAAGGCGCUGGGGAAAGAUGACUUCCGUAAGAUUCCAAAUGGCAUUAACGGUGUCGAAGAAAGGAUGUCCAUUCUUUGGGAGAAGGGAGUUGUUGCCGGCAAGCUUGACCCAUGCCAAUUUGUAGCAGUCACCAGCACAAACGCAGCAAAAAUAUUCAACAUCUACCCAAAGAAAGGACGCAUUGCCACUGGCUCCGAUGCCGACAUUCUCAUCUGGGACCCCAACACCGUCAAGACGAUAUCGGCCAAGACGCACCAAAGCAAAGUCGACUUCAAUAUCUUCGAAGGUGUGGUGUGCCAUGGGUCCCCGACAGCUGUAAUCAGUAACGGCCGGGUAGCACUUGAGGACGGUCAGCUUCAUGUGACACAGGCUAGCGGGCGGUAUAUUCCUACACCAUGUAAUGCCGAGAUUAUCUAUGAUAAGGUUGCUGCUCGGGAUAAGGCACGAAAACCAAAGAAGGUCGACCGAGAUGACUAUGAAGGCCCAGUCAUCAGCCUUGGUGCGCAACAAGCGAAUGAUUACAAUCCAAUAACUAGUACCCCGACACGAGGACAGGGCGGUGGAUUUAAUGCACCAUCGCCCAACAAAGCAGACGAGGCCAGUUUCCAUCAGCGCCCCAAGACCCGAGGUGGUGGACGCCAUAUGCAAGAGUCCAGCUUCUCACUCAGUGAAAAUCCUUCAUAUUUACCAAAAGGUGAACAAAUUGACGAUCAGAAUAAACACCGACCUUCUACAAAAGUGCAUCACCCCCCAGGCGGCGGAGCCCAUACCUCAUUGUGGUAAUGCGAGCAGAUAUAGGUACAAAUGGUCGAAAAUUUCCAUUGCAAAAAUAGAAGAUUUCCAUUGUGAACAUUUUCAUUUGCAAGAACCAGCAUGUUUCAAUAACAAAAUGAUGUUCUGCUUGCAAAAUUGUAAAUUGUUAUUAUUUUUGGCCAUAGAUUUUAGAAUUGGACACACUUUUUGGCAUGAGGGUUGCAGCUUUAGUUUAAAUCAAGCCUGGGGAACACAUUGAUAUUUUCCCUCGAUGUCGACCAUAAUAAAGAUUACUUGUAGGUAGCUGGAGUAUUACCAGUUUUUCCCUUCUAGGUGAACAUUCUCACAACAGACUUUCUACAAAUUGCCAGGAAUUUUAUCACCUUCUAACCAAUUGGAAUCUUAUUGAGACCCAAUUAUAGAUAUAACUUUGGAAAGAGGAGGGGAAUGUAUGACUAUUGCAUGUAUGUAUAAACAUAAUGAAAUGUUGAGGAAACUAGAUACACAAUUUUAGAAUUCAGUGUAGAAUUCAAAUUUGUCACUCAGCAUGUUAGCUUUUAAUGUAAUUUGUAUUUUAAAAAUUGAGAUUUUUUUAGUUUGAAUUUAGAGUAUCUUCAGAUUCUUUUUGUUCACCCCGAAUAUUUUCUUAAUUGGUCUUAGUUAGAAUAUGUCCUACAAGUUUAGUCGGGAUUAUCAACCUCAAAAAUUCGAACCGAAGCCUGUAGACCUCAUUUGCCUGGUACAUCCAAAUAUCCUCUUAGCAUUGUUUAGAUUUUGUUAUAGAUAAGAGAUUUAGUCAUAUUUAUGUUGUGCCCUUGUUUUAAGUUCAUUGAAAUUUCAUCGCAGAUGAUUGUAAACGCUUGCAGAUUGUGAAAAUUAGGUCCUUCCAAGAGUUAAGAUGAAAUAAAUUCCAAAACUAUACGAGUUUUACAUUGUUUUCUGUCCAGACCUGUUCCAGCUGAGAUGUAUUUGUCACGUCUCAUCUUCUUCUUGUUAACACUUUCAGUGCGGAAAUGGAAAACGGAUACGUGAAUAAACAAAACCUAGAUGUUCAAUGUUUUUUGAAGAGCCUGUUGAGGGCUGAGGGGUAACGAGAAAGCUGUGAAAAGUGUCUUCUCCUUCUUCUGUGUGCUCAAAAAGGAUGUGCAGCGUAAAAAACAUUUGGCUGUUCACUGCUGUGGAUUUCUUUGACUGUUCCCUACAGCUUAGAACGCCAGCUCCAGCCAAUGUUCUGACAGUCCUCUGCCCCAGUGUUAAGGCACCGAGUCCACAUGAGAACCUGGCCAGCAGUCUGGAAGUGUGUACCCAUGUCAAGGGAUGCUAUAAUGACUCAUGAGUUUCAUUUGAGCCACUUGAACUUUAAUCUCGUGAUCUCUUAAAAGGAGUCAUGGCGGGUCCAGUUCUCACCAGAUAAGAUUGAGGAAAAGGGAGUUAAGAUAUAUAAAUUUCUGGCUUUCGUUACAAGUCCCUCGGUCCAAACAUGGUUACUGUCUUGUUGUUCACUGUUGUAUACCACGGAGUGCCUGAGUGUAAGAUGUACCAUUUCAAUCAUAACUCCAGUUUACGUAAUGAUUUGAGAAAUACAUGUAUGUAAUUUUUAUGCAAUUUGUACCAUAUUUUGCAGAAAUUCUUGUAUAAUAUACAUAUAUGUUUUUAUUAAAAUUUGUUAAGGCUUGUGUAUGUAUAUACUCACCAACACAUUGUGCUGUAGUUGUGGUGGUCGUCUUGAUAUCAGAUUGUCUAGGGUUUCAUGAACACAUUAUAGUCAUGAAUAAAUCUUGGUUAUUUGAGACCUAUCUUUAUUACAUCCAGUUUCAAAAAAGAGACGUGCUUCUCGUUGGUACUCCUCAAACAUGUUAAUCCAAGCCCAAGCUCCCAUUUCGUCCAGAUUUAGUCAAGUUUAAGCCAAAGGUUACAUGAAAUACAUUCUAAAAGGCGCCGGUCACAGAAUCCUUGACUUGUAUACAUCAAACGCAUUAAUAUGACGUCUGCCUCUUUUCAAAAAGGUAGGAUUAUUACUUUAUCAUAAUCAGUGAUUGACCAAAAGAGAAAGUAUCGGGUUCAAGCUUGAGAUAAAACUACUUGCGUAUCUUCAACCAUUUCAAACACACUAAACCUCAAGACGGUCCUGUAGGUUUGAUGAAGUGAUAUCUUUUUCUCCAUUAACAAGUAUGUCGGGUCCACAUUCAAAAUUUUGCUGUACAUUCUGCUUUAUCUUUAAUGUGUGUAGUUUGUUGUGUAUUUGGUGAUCAGUUCCUCUCUGAGGCCAUCAGCGAAGUUGCCCAUGUCAUAAUAAACUUACACACAUUUGCCUAACCUCAUUUUCAACCUGUUUGAUUCAUUCCGCUAGAAUACGGUAUUCAAAUAUUUUGAAAAUUCGGAUAUGGUUUUGUCUUUUGUAUUUGAAUGAAUUUGUGUCUAUAUUUCUAUCUCAGCUCAUUGCAGUUUGUAGUAAAGGGUACCAAGAUAUUCCAUUGACACAUAAACUCCAUGGUCCAUCUCGGAUGAUCAAAAUCUGGCUUGGGCUCAUUGAAAAUUAGGAAAGGUAGCAUUUUGAGACAUUUGAAGAAAAAAAAUCGGAGUCAUGUGUUGCACCCAUUCAUAAGGCUGGGCUUACAUAUGAUUCACUGUGUCACAUAUCACAUGAUGUGAUGAAUCUUAUGUAGCCCACUCUUUUGAGGCAGAUAGUUUCUUCUUCAUGUGAAAAGUGACACAUUGACUCUACAUGUAUGUAAACCCAGCUAUGUCGCCGUAUUCAUCGUCUGCUGCCAACUUCAAUGAGACUGGUGCGUUGACUGUGAUAUUUCUCUCUUUCGAGCCAUAUGUCCAACAAGGAUCACAAUUUGUACAGGACGGUAGCGCAGUGCUAGUUUGUAGACGCUUAUUCCUAUUAUAUCUUAGCAGUAGAGCAGUAGAGCAUUAGACUUGGUAGAGGAUCUUCUCGAAUCUUUUUGAGGUCAGUUCCAACAAGGAUGACAAAUUGUACAGAACAGUAGUGCAGUGUAGUGUGUAGACGCUUCUUCCUAUUAUAUUGUAGUAGUUUAGUGUUAGACAUAGGACAGUAUACCUCUUAACCCUUUUUUCAAGCAAUGUCCAGCAACAAAUGAUCACAGCUUGUACAGGGCAGUAUUGCCAUUAGAUAGAAGUUUAGUUAGUAUACAUGUAUAUUGGCUAUUUGGAGCCUUAUACACUUUGACAUACAUGUAUCUCUAGUUUGUAGAAGCUUCUGUAAAUAUCAGUGCAAUCAAAUAUCAUUAGUGUUUGAAGCAGGCGUAUUUUGUGGACUCGACAUACUGUUUAUGAGUAACCAUAAUUGUAGGACUUACAAUGGAAGUCUGGUCUUUUGAGAGUGAUGUUUUUUUAAGUCCAUACACCUAUUUCAGCGAAUCCUCAAUAGAUUGUCAUGUACUUUAUUAGAUCAUUUUAAGGCUUAUUGUGUUUGGAUUCAUCCAAUUCAAAAAUUUCAUUUCAAAAUCUUUUGCACAUGUCUGACCUUCAGCCAGAGCCAGUCACAUUUUGGCAGUUAUUUUCGUGGAAACCUUGACUUAAUGUGAGAUGGGCAUUCUUGGGUUUUCAGUUGACAUUGAUCGAGAAAAUUUCAUUCAACAUUGACACAGGUGGAAUGACAGAAUUGGACAGUAAAUUUCUUCGAAAGAUUUAUUGGCAAAAUCUAUUGAUAUUAUGACAAGGAACAAGUGGAACAACUAAAAACAAGAACGGGUAAAGGACAAGAUUUUGUUCGAACAAAUGGUUUUGCAACAUGUAGGUAAUAUUUCGAUAUGUUUAGUUUUCAUCAUGGUUUUCCCGAAAUAAGCAUUUCAGGGAAAAUUUGUUGCAUUCUAUCAUGUCAAAUAUUUUGAUGAAUUAAAUAUUGCUGAAUGGUGCAAACUUGACUGUAGUGGCUUUAUGCACAGUUUAACCUUAAAUAUGAAUAUAAAUAUAUGUAUACUCCUUAUGUCAAAUGUUGAAGUUACACAUUUUUAGGUGUGGAGUAAGUAGAUGUAGGAUAUAACUGUCAUUAAAAAUUACCUUGUUUAUAUUUGAAUCUGAAGUUGAAUGACUUUUGUAACAGAUUUAAAUUGAAAAUAUUCUACUCAAAGUUGAAUGCAUGCUUUUGUAAUUGACUGAUUUUGUGUCAAAGCAAAUACAGAUCGAGCUUUGAAAAAAAAUGCUUUUUCAGUGGAAAUUAUCUAACUGCCAAUGCAGAUCCUUUGGAGAUUGUCGGGUUAUAAUUCAGUCACAUAAUUGUUGCUUAUACAAAACUCAAUGUAGUCAACUUGCGCAAAUGUACAUUGACUCUUUUUAUGGUCAAAAUGCUUUUUUGUUAUCGACUGUAUGGUCACAAAAUUCAGCUUACUCUUUAGUCUGACUGCUUAAACUGGCCUGAACUCAAAAUUCAUUGUAAUUUUCAUUGGCUCUGACUAAAUAGUCAAGAUUGUCGAUGAAGAUGAUUUGAUUCACAAUUAUGUUGUCUAAAUUUGACUCUAAGUUUUUUUAUGAAUUGAGUCUCCGAUAGCGAAAUACAUAUUUUAAUAGAGGUAGGUGCAUUUGACUCGUCAUAACAUCAGAAAGUUCAAUCUACAUGUAUUUGCAGGAUUUGAACUACAGGUACCCCAUUGUAAAGAAUGGCUUCUUUGGGACUGAUGUUGUUCACGUCUGAUCACGCAACUUCUCAAAUCCAGUGAAUGGAUUUAACUUUCUAAUAUUGUGGAAAACCACCUAGGCAUACACCAGUAAGUACAUUUGGCUCUCUGAAGUCCCGAAGUAAAGUCAUUGAAGAACUUGUAAAUUAACUUGAAUGUCAAGGUACUAUGUUAACUUGACUUGACAGUCAAUUUGCAUCUCCCUGUUUUGACUCCGAAGUCGAGUUACUUCAUAGAAACAACUUUUCAGUCAAUUUCUAUCCAGUUAAUUUUACUAUAAAGUCAAGUUCUUCAUGUCAUUGACUUUAUAGUCAAAAAUGAUUUGCGUAAAUUGAUGUUAAAGUCUCAAUGCUUUGAAUAUUUUGCUUUCCCUAUACGUAACGUAUAUUCAAGUAGGAUGUAAACUCUGUCUACCGGUUUGGUAUUUGAUAAAAAUAAAAUCGCUGUUGGUAAA